GCCAUCUUGGCAGAUAGAAGCAGCCCGCUGUCGCCGUCAGCCGCCGACGUUACGCCGUCCAGCUGAGCCGUUGCCGAAGCUGAGCGCGAGGCCUGCCUGGCUCCGCUGCUGGUGAACGCGGAGAAAUCGCGGCGGGCUAUUGUUCGCGUCGCGCGAACGGACGAACCGGCUAAGAGGGAGGAGGAGGAGGAGGCGGCGGACGAGGGAAAGAAGGAGGAGAACGAGAGCGAGGAGAGGUACCGGAAAAGCAGCGCGGCCCAAGUGUAAUAUCGCAACGCGAGCGGGACGUGUGCGGGCGCCUCGCGCGGUAGCGCCUGGUCUCGAGAGACUCUCGUUUACGCUGCCUCGAGUGUGUCGUAUCAUCGCGCGAAGGCAUCGCAGUGAAGUUGGUUGCCGAAAACUCGUCGUCCGUCCGUCCGCGUCGCGCCGAAGAACGGCCGACUUCGCCCCGGGAUCCUCGGGAUUCCUCGCCCUCGCCAUCGCCCGCGUCUCCCGUUCAUCCCCGCGUACGACGGAGGAGUGGCUCCAUUUAUCCGCGCCGGAUAAAUCGCCGAAUUCGAGUGCUAUUGCUGACUGUUACUGAUACUCGCUGCGUGACAGGCAGGACGACAGUAUGGCGGGACAGACGAUCAACGACAGGCUGUUGGCUGCGAGGCACAGCAUCGCCGGCCAGGGCCUCGCCAAGUCCGUUUGCAAGGCCACCACGGAGGAGAUGAUUGGACCCAAAAAGAAGCAUCUCGACUAUUUAAUUCACUGCACCAAUGAACCGAAUGUUUCCAUACCACAACUCGCUAAUCUCCUGAUAGAACGCUCGCAGAACACAAACUGGACGGUGGUUUUCAAAGCUCUGAUCACUGUACAUCACAUGAUGUGUUACGGCAAUGAGAGGUUCACACAGUAUCUCGCCUCUAGCAAUAGCACAUUUCAACUCAGCAAUUUUCUCGACAAGAGCGGCGUACAAGCAGGAAUACGCGUGGGAUAUGACAUGUCGCCGUUCAUCAGGCGAUACGCCAAGUAUCUCAACGAGAAGGCCCUCUCCUACAGGACGGUAGCGUUUGACUUCUGCAAAGUGAAACGGGGGAAGGAGGACGGCACUCUACGCACAAUGAACGCUGAGAAACUCCUGAAAACUUUGCCGGUGCUGCAAUCCCAACUCGACGCGUUGCUGGAAUUCGAUUGCACGGCUAACGACCUCACAAAUGGCGUCAUAAACAUGGCCUUCAUGCUCCUCUUUCGAGAUCUUAUCCGGUUAUUCGCCUGUUAUAAUGACGGCAUCAUUAAUCUGUUAGAGAAAUAUUUCGACAUGAACAAGAAACAAUGUCGGGACGCUUUAGAUCUCUAUAAAAAGUUCCUCAUACGUAUGGAUAGGGUCGGAGAAUUUCUGAAAGUCGCUGAAAACGUUGGCAUUGAUAAAGGAGAUAUACCAGAUCUGACAAAGGCACCAAGUAGCUUAUUGGACGCCUUAGAACAACAUCUCGCUUCCUUGGAAGGAAAGAAGGGUUCCGCCGCGAACACGCCAACGCAAUCGGCAAGCAGCAAUAGAACCAAUGUAAAGUCGGGAGUGUCCGCCCUGUCUUCCACCAGUACCGCGUUCGGAACAGCAGCCAGCAAUGCGCGGCUCGAGCAAACCGGGAACGGCCAUAUCGACGAGGCACUGCGACAGCAAGCUCUUGCAGAAGAGGAAGCCGCCAUGAAUCAAUACAAGGCAAAAGUACAAUCGCCAUCGAGCGCUAGCACAAAUCCCUUCCUCAGUUCACCGACCAAUAAUGCCAAUCAGCCUAUCGUGGAUUUGUUUGGUGCAGCAAUGUCCGAAAAUCAACAGCAACAACUUUCGCAAAAAGCGUCGGAUGAUCUGCUACAACUGGCGGGCAAUCCGUUCGCGAACAUGUUCGGAGCACCACAACCAGCCGCACCGACCGCACAAUCUGCCACUCAGAACAACAUGUGGAUGACCAACGGUACUGGUUUCGCGCCAGCUGCGCCACCAGCAAAUAAUAACUUUGUUACAGAUAACAGCUUUUCCUCCGUAUUCGGAAAUCAGGAUCAACAAUCUACUGGCGUCCCAGGAACGGCCGCGUCCGUACCUAAUCCCUUCAUGUCCGAUUUCCCGUCCCUCGGUACCGCCGGCGGUCAACAAACGGCGACGAACGCGGGCGCUUUUGGGUUCUUCGAUCAAAAUGCCGGCGGUGGUGUUGUUGGCGGCGGUGCAAUGAACGAAUCACAAGCAACAACGGCGCCAGGCGGAGACCUCUUCAGUGCCGGUCAGACGGAUCUCUUCGGGGGGGGCGACGGGUCCGCCGCGAUGCUAAAGACCGCCACGAACGGCGACGGGGACGCUGCGGCGGCCGAGGUAGUGGCGUCGACGGCAUCCUCCGCUGUCGGCAAGAUAUCUUCCACUGCCACGCCGCCACCUAGACCACCGCCACCCGCGACUGCCGUUGCUGCCGCAAACGUUGGUGCUGUACCGCGUGCACUAUCUCCGACCAUCGGCGGCGUUGGCGGAGUGUCACAUGGUAGACCAGCGGCGGCGACGGCGACGGCAACGGCGGCGGCUCCAGGCCCCCCCGCUAACAAGAGCGCCUUCGACGAUCUCAACGACAGCAUCCGCAUGGCACUGGGCGGGUCUCCGUCGCGUCCAGCGCCUAUGGUCCAGCAGCAAGCUGCAAUGGCUGCCCAGCAGCAGCCGCUGCAACAACAAAUGCCGCCGGCGGGUGCCGGUAUAUUCAGCGGUAUGAACGACGCCGCCGGGCAACAAUCCAUGAUGACCGGCGCGCCGAUGGUCGGCUACGGUAUCCCUACCCAAGCCCAAGUCCCCGUGGGGUACGGCUCGCCGGCAAAGCAGUCGAUGUCAGCCACGGGGCAACCGGUCAGUACAACUGCCACUGGCAAGGUUUUGACCGGAGACUUGGAUAGUAGUCUCGCUAGCCUUGCGCAGAACUUGACCAUCAAUAAGAGCGCACAACAGCAAGUUAAAGGAAUGCAAUGGAACUCACCGAAGAACGCUGCGAAAACGGGCGGUUCAGCUGGUGGAUGGUCACCUCAGCCAAUGGCAGCUACCACCGGUGCUGGAUAUCGUCCCAUGGGCCAAGGAAUGACGCAACUUCUACCUACGACCACCACUACUAUGGGUUUUCCCUCGCAGCCUACCAUCAUGGGUAUGCAAGGUAUGCCGAUGGGUAUUCAGGGCAUGCAGGGUAUGCAGGGUAUGAGGCCGAUGAUGUGUACUAUCCCAGGUGCUUCCGCCCCCGGUGGCGGUAUGAUGGUUGCGGGAGGAGCUGCGCCGAUGAUGGCCAUGCCCGGCGCAAAUCCCAUGAUGACUGGUCCUAAUCUGCAGCAACAGCAGCCGCAGUCUCAGCCUCAAGCCGCUGUAGCACCGGCUCAGCCACAAGGCAAUGCAGUUCAACUCGAUCCUUUUGGUGCUCUGUGAAGGGAUUAGGAUUUCAAAUGGAAUUAAGAAGAUGGAGCGGAAUUUUGUAAAUACCGUGUAAUAUGCCUAGAAA